GCCAAAGGUCAUGGUAAAUGGCCGCUGAAGUGGUAUGCUCCUGAGUGCAUGAACUACUUCAAGUUCUCAUCUAAGAGUGACGUGUGGAGUUUUGGAGUCCUGAUGUGGGAGGCAUAUUCAUACGGACAGAAACCAUACAAGGGAAUGAAAGGAAAUGAAGUCAUCCAAAUGAUCGAGGGUGGAGAGAGAAUGUCCGCUCCAGCCGACUGUCCGCCUGAGAUGUACGACCUCAUGAGGAAAUGCUGGACAUACAAGCUGGACGAGAGACCUGGGUUUUCUGUAGUUGAACCCAGAUUGCGGCAUUACUAUUAUGACAUAUCUCAGUGAUGAGCUAACCCAGAGCACAUGCACAAUUAUACAGUAUUUCUAAUUAGAUCAUUGACAACAUUUUUAAUCAUUUAAAGCAAUGACUUGUCUCAUAGAAUGUGUACUUUCAAUCUAUUUUUUUAUGUGAAUUGGAUUAAUAAGCAAAAAGUGCUUAUUGAAUGGUUGAUUUUUCUUCUAAAAGUGUGUUUGAAGCACUUUACACUUUAGAUGUAACAGCAAUACGGAUCAACUGAAGGAUGACCAGUCAAGAGCUAGACAUUAUUCUCAUUCUUUUCUCUCUCUUUCGGUUUUGUACACAUUUACUGGGUUUUGUCUUUAUCUAAGUGCCAAGUUCUUUUUUUUUUUUUCAACAUUGAGUAUACGGUUUAAAAGUUCAGUGUUCAUAAACAGGUUUAACAUUUUAUUUUAUGUGUGGACAAUGUUUAUGUCACAAGAUCAGAAACAAUGUAAAUAUAUAUUUUGCAUGUAAUCUAUGGUAGUCUAAGCAAGGUCUUCAUUGGCAAUCUUUUAGGAUUUGUUUUCUCCAUGUUUCUGCUGUCCAAUGUGAAUUCAUUGCAUUCAUUGUGAUUUGUCAGCUUUAUUCAGUCGCUCCAGACUUUGUACAAGCUUGAUAACUGAACAGCAUGGCAUGACAGAAUCUUGCUCUUCCUCAGUUUGAUGAUAUUGAUAAAUAUGGUACUGAGCAAACAGAAUAUGUAUGGCUGCCAUUCGAUUGUCAA